AUUUCAAGCCACAAUCUUUCCAUGAUACUAGUCUCUUCUAUCCUAUCCACACACAUAUUCUUAGUUCUGCAACUAAUUCUCCUUCCAUAUAAAUUCUCUGUGCACUUAUUAAGAUUUAUCUCCCUUAAAUUUGGACAUUGAUACUAGUACUGAGUAGUAGAAAAAACUGUCAGCCAUGGAAGCUCUCAAAGCUUCCUCUUUUCCGUCGUUUCGCCACUCUCUCAUCUCAACGAGAAAUCCAAGAACCGUAUCUGAUAGUCGCAUUUUACACAUUCCAUCUACUCUAGAGAUAACUACAUCCCACAUCAUAAUUCAGAGCAAGAAAGCGAAUUUCAAGAUUUCCACUGCCAUUUCUCCAACUGCCACAUCAACUGUGGAACCUUUAUCGCCUGAUCAAGAAGUUGAACCAGAAAAGAUGGAGGAAAAGUUUGACUGGUAUGCACAUUGGUAUCCCGUGGUGCCUCUGUGUGAUCUUGACAAGAGAAGGCCACAUGCCAAGAAAGUGAUGGGAAUUGAUAUAGUGAUUUGGUGGGAUAGGAACGAGAGUGAGUGGAAGGUGUUUGAUGAUAGUUGUCCUCACAGAUUGGCUCCAUUGUCUGAAGGGAGGAUUGAUCAAUGGGGCAGGUUGCAGUGCGUGUACCAUGGUUGGUGCUUUGGUGGCUCUGGUGACUGCAAAUUCAUUCCUCAAGCUCCACGGGAUGGCCCACCGAUUCACACUUCCAAGAAAGCAUGUGUAGCUGUUUAUCCCAGUUGCGUGCAAAAUGGCAUUCUUUGGUUCUGGCCAAAUACUGAUCCACAGUACAAAAACAUAUAUUCAGAGAAAAAGCCUCACUAUAUACCAGAACUUGAUGACCCAUCAUACACCAAUACGAUAAUAUGCAGAGACAUACCAUACGGGUAUGAAGUUUUGAUUGAAAAUCUUAUGGACCCUUCGCAUGUUCCAUAUGCACAUUAUGGCAUAAUGAGAAUCCCUAAAACACCAGAGAGUGUGAAGGCCGAUAGGGAAGGGGGCAGACCACUUGAAAUAAGCAUAAAAAGACUUGAUCAAAAUGGGUUCACUGCAAAGCAAAUUGCUGGGGAGAACUUUUUCGUUCCACCUUGUCUCUACUAUGGAUAUUUCAGUCCAGGAGCGGGUCAAAGCAAGAACAAGACAACAUCAGCUGGAACCAAAAAUGAGCUGUUACCAACUGUCCCCCCCCAGAAAAGGGCGCUUCUUAUUUUCUACUGUAUUCCAGUCAGUCCGGGUUAUAGCAGAUUGAUCUUUGCAUCUCCUAGAAACUUUGCAGUCUGGAUAGAACGAAUUUUUCCCCGAUGGAUAUUCCAUAUUGGUCAAAACUUAAUUCUAGAUUCAGAUCUCUAUCUUCUCCAUGUCGAGGAACGCAAGCUGAUGGAUGUUGGCGCUAUUAAUUGGCACAAAUCUUGCUAUGUUCCAACAAAGGCAGAUGCCCUUGUGGUGUCCUUCAGAAGGUGGUUAAACAAGUAUGGAGGCACUCGAGUUGACUGGGGAACUAAAUUCAAUGGAUUACUGCCACCGACUCCUCCUAGAGAGCAGCUCUUUGACAGGUACUGGACACAUACGAUGAAUUGUAGCAGUUGCAGUCUUGCGCAUAAAAGUCUUAACGUGCUUGAGAUGGCAUUGCAAAUUAUCUCGAUUUCUUGCAUUGGAAUAGUUGCAGCUACCAAACAGGGAACGGUCUCAGUUGCAGCAAGAUAUGGUGUGGUUUCCGUGGCUAUCAUAUGCUUCUUGGCCUCAAAAUGGCUGUCGCAUUUCAUCUAUAAAACAUUCCGGUACCAUGACUAUGACCAUGCCUUUCGCUAAGGUGUUGCAGCUUGCUUGUACACAAACAUUGUUGCUGGGUUGACUUGUAAGAUCAACACAAGAACAUUAGUUAUUGGGGUCUUUUUGUGGUAUACAGAUAAUAUAUUGAACUGGUGUCGGAGGCCCAGAUGGAACAAAACUUUUGAUUGGUUGCGGCACUUUCAUAAUUUCAUGUUAUAUUGAACUUGUA